AGAAGAAUAUGACUACAUGCCUGAGAUGUGUGUGAAUGUAGCACAAGCGUAAGCGCUGCUCAUUACUCAUAUACUGUCUCUUUUAACCAUCGGGUUGUCAUUGUUCAUCAACCGAGUAGAUCCGAAUUGAUGUACAAUUAAAUAUCGUUGGAAUUUUUAUUAAUGCAAAAAAGGCGCAAAAAACCUAUACUCAAAGAAAACAAUGUUUGAUUUGAAAGAUGUUGAUGGUGAUAAUCGUCGGCGAUUAAAAAUGAUGAUUGAACCAUCAAUGCAAACGCAGGAAAGUGUCAAGUGCCAAUAAACAAACGAAUGAGAAUGUACGUAAAUUGAACUGAAAAUAUGUUCACCUAAAAUUUGUUUCUCUAACUAUAAACAAACAAAAAACAAAAAAAAAACAACUCAUCUUAAAUGAGAACGGUUGGAAGUAUACCAAAAUAAUAGGAAAUAAGCCGAAACUUUCAGGCCUUCCUCUGCGAUUUCUAACACAAAAUGCACUCAAUCGUGACCGGAAAAAACGAUUUAACACAGUUGGAACAUUUCACAAUUAAACGAAAGCGAUUUCAAAGAGUGCUAAAGAAUCUAAUCAGGCUGCAGAAACAAAGCCGAAGUAAACAACGUGUCCAGACCUGGGAAAUUUUAACAUUCUCCCAUAAUGUCAUUUCAACAGCAAGGCAAAUGAGUGCAACAGUGUCGAGUGGUAGUGUUUUGAAAAUUAAACCAUUUCCGGGAGAGACAUUUGCCCUCCUACUAAAUGCAGCGAUACUUUCGACUUUUGUAAAAUCUCGUCUACUUUCGUCGUUAUUAACAUUUUUAAAAUAAACUUUUGUUUUUGCCCUCGCAAAAAUUUGUAACUAUUUCAACAACAAGUUGAUCCAUCUGAACAUCAAGUGAAAAGGUGCGUAAAGUAAAACGCGUAUACGGAUACUAAAUACCAAAAUAUAGAACAAAACGAUUUCUGAAUGAUGGCAGAUCAUAUGGACGAACCCCCGCAAAAGCGGACUAAAAUGGAUCCAACGGAUUACGUUUCCGUUUUAGAAGAUGAUCUGCCAGAUGAGUUGGUAACUGGUAAUAGCAAUUGGCCAGAUCCCCUUGGUAGUGGUGGUGGACCAGGUUCUGGCCUCGGGGUUAAUGUGGUCGGCGGUCCCAAUAAACCACCUGCACAAGGCCCCGGACCAGGUGGGCCACAAAUGAAUGGUGGUGGCGAUGAUGCCACAGGCGUGGGCGGCAAUCAAGUCGGUGGUGGCAGCAAUCCUUUACGGCAGAUGCAACACCAUCAACAUCUGCAGCACCUAUUGCAACAACAAGGUAAUAAGAAUACCGGAAUGAUAGGUAACCCUAUGAGUGGAGCUGGUAUGAACCAAUUAGGAAGCAAAUCGCCUAAUCUGCAAUCUCCAAACGCAGCUGGUUUGCAAGUAGUUGGUGGACAAAUGGGUAUGGUCAAUUCAAUGUCGAUGUCUAUUUCAAAUAACGGCACUCAAGGAAUGAGCUCAAUGCCCGGUAUAAAUACGAUUGCCCAGGGAAAUAUUGGAGGCAUGGUGAUCACCAAUAGCAAUUUGGGUAGCCUGGGUGGCAAUGCUGGAAUGGUAAAUACAUUAAAACAACAAAUAGGUACCGGUGCUGGUGGUAUGAUGAGUGCUGGGCCAACCGGAGUUGGACCCGUAGGAAAUAUGGGACCUGUUGGUGGUCCAAAUCAAGGAAUGCAUUUAGGUGGUGGUCCUGGCCAUCCUCAAGGUCUACAGAAUGGUCCAAUGAUGGGCAGAAUGGUGGGACAACAUAUGCUACGUGGUCCCGGCCCACAUUUAAUGGCUGGCAAUGGACCUGGUGUUGGACCAGGCGGAGGUCCUCGAAUGCAGAAUCCAAAUAUACAAAUGGCUCAACGAUCAGAUGUGCUGAACGGUAAUCUUACGUACGGUGGUCCAGGUCAAAUGGCUAAUAUGGUUGGCGCUAAUGUUGCAGUCGGACCAAAUGGACCAUAUGGAAAUGCGGUGGGCGGUGUUGGGAACUAUGGCGGACCAGGUGGGCCACAAGGCGGAAUCAACGUGAAUCCAAAUAACCCACAACAACUAUUGGCACAACAAAUGGCACAACGUGGCAAUGUUCAUCCUAUGCAACAGGGUAACCGACCUGGUGUACCCAUGGGAAUGGCUGGAGUGGGUAAUGAUGUUACACCUGGCGGUAUGGUUGGCGGUCAUCAACAACCGCAAAUACUGCAAAUGGGCCCAAAUCAACAGCAGAAUGCGACAAUGGGACCACGACCGCCGCAACCUGGUGGUGGCCCACAACCAAAUCAAAUACUUCAUCAACAACAGCAGCCGGGCACAUCACAACAAGCUGGUGGAAGCGGCGGUGGUGGUGCAGGAGGGGGUUCUAGUGCUAGCGGCCAUCUCUCUGAAGAACGAAAGAAGCACAUACAGCAACAGCUGGUGCUACUUUUACAUGCACACAAGUGUAAUAAGCGGGAAUCCCUCAAUCCAAAUCGCGAAAAAUGCCCAGUUCCCUAUUGCAAAUCUAUGCAGGAUGUUCUGGCGCAUAUGGCGAACUGCAAACAAAGUAAAGAAUGUAGCGUUCAACACUGUACCUCGUCUCGUCAAAUUCUGUUGCAUUACAAGACCUGUACUCGUUCAGAAUGUCUAAUUUGCUUGCCCUUCCGCCAACAACAGAGUUUUCAUAACAACGCGAUCGGAGCUAAUGCAAAUUCCAACGUAAACCAGCCUUUGCAAGGUAUUGUUAAGCAGCAGCAGCCGGACGGAAACACCGUUGGUAGUGGGGGGCCGCAGAAUACUGGAAUGCCACAACAAAAUUCUGGUGGACCGAACAUUGUCACCGGACCGGGCGGUCAAACGGGUAUGGCAGGCGGUCCAAAUCAGCAACAACUUGGCAUAAAGACAAACGCUGACAUUGCACAACAAAUGCAACAACAGAAUGCACAAAAUCCGAAUCAGGAGAUUCGACGUUUCGACAGUUUGGGUAUGCAAGGUGCAGUCUCCAAUUCGGGACCAGGCCCUAAUAUGCUGCAAAAUAGUCCCGUAAAUGCACAGCAACAGUUGCCAGGCAUUCGUAUGCCGGGAGGCGGACCGUCUGUACGAGUUAUGUCUGCACCAGUCGGCGGUCCCGGUGGUGGCGUAGUAGCUGGUGGCCCGAACGCAAAUACAAUUAUGGGAAACAACAUGAUGCUUGGCGGAGCAGGAGGCUCAGAUAAUGGCAUGCAACAGCAAACACAAAGUGCUCAAACACAGCAAGUACUUUUGCAGGGCGGUCAUAAUAAUAAUCCACAGUUGGCGGGUUUAAUCGGCGGCCCGAACGCCAACAAUGCCGGUCCGAAUCAACAAAAUACAGGCCAGCAGCAACCAUCAAACAUUCCACUCUCGGUGAGCGUUCACAACUUUAAUAACACUUCUGCGUUCAACAAUGCACAAUUGGCUAGCGGUGGUGGUGGCGCCGGCAAUGCAGGAGAAAUGGUUGGCGCCGGCGGUAAUGGGCCUCCACCCAACAAGCAGUUAGUAGGUGCUCAAGAAUUGGCCAAAAUGAAAUUACAGCCACAUAAUGUAGCGAUGGCCAAUGCGACGGCUAUAAGCGGAGUGGCAGGUGGACCUGUUAGUGUGGUAGGCGGUAACAACAAUGCAAGUGGUCCUGGAGUUGGUACAGGUACUGGCGGCGGCGCUGGUGGCAUGGUGGGUGUCCAAGGUCCCCCCGGUAAUAAUGCACCCAGUGGUGGUGCUACAUCAUCGCAAGGGGGCAAUGGGGGUGGAAAUAAUAAUGCUGGUAACGAAGAAAGAGACUGGCGUGAAUCGGUGACAGCUGACCUGCGCAAACAUCUUGUCCACAAACUUGUGCAAGCGAUUUUCCCCACGUCAGAUCCGACGACCAUGGCGGAUAAACGCAUGGCGAAUCUAGUUUCAUACGCUGAAAAAGUUGAGAAAGACAUGUACGAAGCCGCAAAGUCCCGUUCGGAGUACUAUCACCUACUUGCCGAAAAGAUCUACAAGAUUCAAAAGGAGUUGGAAGAAAAACGGAUAAAAAGAAAAGAACAGCAAUUGUUAAUAAUGCAACAGCAGCAGCAUGGGACCGGCGGUGCAGGAGCUGGCCCCGGACCAGGACCAAGUAAUACUGUACCAGUUGGUCAACAACUGCCGCCUGGACAUCCGCAAGCGCAGCAAACCCAGAUCCGCCCAAUGAUCAGUCCUAUGGGUGGUAGUGGGGGGCAGGGUGUGCCUUUGGGCGCUGCUGGUAUAAUGCAGCAACAACUACGAGCACAGGUACCCGGCAAUGUGGGUAUGAUGCCAGGACAGGCUGGACAAAAUAUGGUAGGAAUACGCAGUCACUCACCUGGGGGCAAUUUGUUGGCCUUGCAUCAGCACCAACAACGCAUGCAAUUUCCACAACAGCAGCCAGGAAAUUUACUGGUCGGCCCGCCGGGACCCAGUCCAAAUAGUGGCAUGGGUGUAAUGCCGAAUUCCACACAGCAGAAUAUGGUUGUGCAAAAUCCAGUUUUAUCGCCUUUCGGUGUUCAAGCAAUGCAACCUGGUCAGUCAGGAGCUAGUGGCGUUGCCAAUGUAUUGACGAGCCCUGUUCCCGGCCAACAACAGUUUAUUACCGCAAACGGAGGAAAUGGAUCACAACCACCGCAGCAACUUACAGAAAUUAUGAAGCAACGGCUCUUGCAACAACAGCAAGCACAACAGCAACAGCCACAGCAAUCUGGUAUGUUAUUGCCACAAUCACCAUUUAAUAAUGCUGCGGCACAAAUGCAGCAACAACAACAACAGCAGCAACAGCAAAAUCCGUUCCCGUCACCAAUGUCGCAGCAACAGCAGCAGCAACCACAACAACAACAACAGGCCAAACAAAAUGUCGGUUCUGUGGGUAAUAUGCCACCAACGCCUACUAGUCUAGAGUCGCUAGUCGGUACGGGUUCAGUAGGGAUAAACACCACACCUGGAGGCCCUACAACAGGUGGCAUGGUUGCCGCACCCAGUCCGUCGCCUAAUUUCGUAUCGAAUGGCCCAAUUGGUACGCCUUCCAAUAAUCCUCCAUCCGUAACAUCACUUAUGCAGCCACUGAGUGAGCGAGCAAGUAGUACACCUCCCAUUCUGGCGGCAUCACCAGCAUCGGCAGCAUCUGGAACCUCGGUGUCGGUGAAUGUUAGUGCAUCAUCGAGUGCUGUAAGUGCGUUAAUGAGUGGCACAUCUACAACAUCAACUGCAGGCUCCUCCAGCACUCCCACGUCUGCAUCGGCACCUCUGAAUGUCGUCAACACAAGCAGUAAUGGACCGACACUGAUACAACAGCAACAAAUAUCGAUGGGUAAAGGAGGUAACAGCAAUAGCAACAGUAGUGCCAUUGCAGUAGCCACAACUACCUCGAAAUCGACUGUGAUGAGCUCACGUCCUUCGUCCAGCAGUAAUCUCUCAUCACAAAUGGCCGCAUUGGAAGCAGCGGCGCGUGAUAACGAUGAAACGCCGCCAUCGCCUAGUGCUGAUUCUGGUGGCGAGAGCGGUAACGCUUCAAAAGGCAAGCUAGAUUCUAUCAAGCAAGAAGAUGAUAUCAAAAAAGAGUAUAUGGAAGAUGGAAGUGGUGGAGCUGGAGAGAGUUCCCAAAUGGACUCACAAUCAUCAGCUGGUGUGGGUAAAAAUGUAAAUAAUGAUGGCACGAAUGUGAAGGUUGAAAUCAAGACUGAAGAUGGUGAUGUUGUAAUUAAAACGGAACCAAUGGAUACCGAUGACAACAACGGUGCAAAUGGUGUAGGUGGAAGUGGAAACACUAAUGCUGCUGAUAGUAAGGACGACGCAAAGACAUCUGAUGGCGAAGUUAAAGUAAAGUUAGAAACAAAACCAGUUGUACCCGAGCCAUUGAUGCCCAACGCUGGCGACAAAAAGAAAAAAUGCGUGUUCAAUCCCGAAGAGUUGAAACAGGCGCUAUUACCAACAUUAGAUAAGUUGAUACGCCAUGAACCGGAAUCAGCACCGUUCCGUUGUCCUGUGGAUCCACAAAUGCUCGGCAUACCAGACUAUUUUGAUAUUGUAAAGAAACCUAUGGACUUGGGUACCAUACGCAAUAAUCUCAUGAAUGGCAAAUAUAAUGAUCCCUGGGAGUAUGUCGACGAUGUGUGGCUAAUGUUUGACAAUGCUUGGCUCUAUAACAGAAAGACUUCACGUGUCUACCGAUACUGCACAAAGUUAUCCGAAGUUUUUGAGCAAGAAAUUGACCCAGUGAUGCAAGCUUUAGGCUACUGCUGUGGUCGUAAAUACACAUUCAACCCACAGGUGCUAUGUUGCUAUGGAAAACAGCUUUGUACAAUACCACGGGAUGCCAAGUAUUACAGCUACCAAAAUAGUCUAAAGGAUUAUGGUGUUGCCUCAAACAGAUACACUUUCUGCCAAAAAUGCUUCAACGACAUUCAAGGAGACACCGUUACUCUGGGCGAUGAUCCACAGCAGUCACAAACUCAAAUUCGCAAGGACCAAUUCAGAGAGAUGAAAAAUGAUCAUUUAGAGUUGGAGCCUUUUGUUGAUUGCCAGGAAUGCGGUCGCAAGCAACAUCAAAUUUGCGUGCUCUGGCUAGAUACCAUUUGGCCGGGUGGUUUCGUUUGUGAUAAUUGUCUUAAGAAAAAGAAUUCCAAACGGAAGGAGAACAAGUUCAAUGCGAAGCGUUUGCCCACUACAAAACUUGGAAUUUACAUUGAAACACGUGUGAAUAACUUUUUGAAGAAGAAAGAAGCAGGCGCUGGUGAGGUUCACAUCCGCGUUGUAUCUUCGUCAGACAAAUGUGUCGAAGUAAAGCCGGGCAUGCGACGACGAUUCGUCGAUAAUGGUGAAAUGUCUUCAGAGUUUCCGUAUCGUGCGAAAGCGUUAUUCGCCUUUGAGGAGGUGGAUGGCGUCGAUGUAUGCUUCUUUGGUAUGCACGUACAAGAAUAUGGCUCAGAAUGCCCACAACCGAAUACGCGGCGUGUGUAUAUCGCCUACUUGGAUUCGGUACACUUCUUUAGACCGCGCCAAUAUCGUACUGCAGUGUAUCAUGAAAUACUGCUGGGUUAUAUGGAUUAUGUGAAGCAGUUGGGCUACACAAUGGCGCAUAUUUGGGCGUGCCCACCGUCCGAAGGCGACGAUUACAUCUUUCAUUGUCAUCCGACAGACCAGAAAAUACCAAAGCCAAAACGCUUACAAGAAUGGUACAAGAAGAUGUUGGACAAGGGCAUGAUUGAGCGUACCAUACAGGAUUACAAGGAUAUCUUGAAGCAGGCAAUGGAAGACAAAUUAACUUCAGCGGCAGAGCUGCCUUAUUUUGAAGGUGAUUUCUGGCCCAAUGUGUUGGAAGAAAGUAUCAAAGAGUUGGAUCAGGAGGAAGAGGAGAAAAGGAAACAAGCCGAGGCAGCAGAAGCUGCCGCAGCAGCCAAUAUAUUCUCCAUUGAAGAUAAUGAAGUAAGCGGUGAUGGCAAGAAAAAGGGCCAAAAGAAAGCUAAAAAGUCGAAUAAAUCUAAGGCUGCACAGCGCAAAAACAACAAGAAAACCAAUGAACAACAGACAGGCAAUGACCUCUCCGCCAAGAUCUAUGCCACAAUGGAGAAGCACAAGGAGGUGUUCUUUGUGAUACGUCUGCAUUCAGCGCAGUCAGCUGCAAGCUUGGCGCCCAUACAAGAUCCAGAUCCAUUGCUAGCCUGCGAUCUGAUGGAUGGCCGUGAUGCAUUCCUAACACUGGCGAGAGAUAAACACUACGAAUUUUCAUCGCUUCGACGCGCGCAAUUCUCAACACUCUGCAUGCUGUACGAAUUGCACAACCAAGGCCAAGACAAGUUUGUCUACACGUGCAACAAUUGUAAAACAGCAGUGGAAACACGAUACCACUGCACCGUUUGUGAUGAUUUUGAUCUCUGCUCGGUGUGCAAGGAGAAAGUCGGGCAUCCGCAUAAGAUGGAGAAACUCGGGCUGGACAUUGAUGAUGGUUCAUCGCCAGCUGAUCUCAAACAAGCUAAUCCUCAAGAAGCGCGCAAGCAAUCCAUACAACGCUGCAUUCAGUCACUGGUGCAUGCGUGUCAGUGUCGUGACGCCAAUUGCCGUUUACCUUCGUGCCAGAAGAUGAAACGCGUCGUGCAGCACACAAAGAACUGCAAGCGAAAAACCAAUGGUGGCUGCCCAAUUUGCAAACAACUCAUUGCGCUCUGCUGCUACCACGCCAAGCACUGCCAGGAACAGAAAUGCCCAGUGCCUUUUUGUCCAAACAUCAAACAUAAGCUCAAACAACAACAACUACAGCAAAAAUUGCAACAGCAACAACUAUUGCGCCGUCGUAUGGCGCUUAUGACUCGUACCGUUACCACACCUGCAGCACUAACUGGUGGACCUGGCGUUGCAACUAGCCAGGUUGUAGGGCCGAGCGGAGUGGUCGGACCUGGUGCUGUUGGAGUGGGUGUGGGCGGUGGCGUCAAUGUUGGUGUUGGUAUGCAAGGCGUUGGCGUGGCUCAACCGAAUAUGCCUGGUCAACCAGCUUUGAUGGCAGCAACCGGCGCAGGCGGAAUGAGUCCUUCUACAGUAGCAGUACCUUCACCUGUGUCAGCACCUAUGGGAGGCAUGACUUCACCGCAUCCGCAUCAACCUGGUAUUGGUAUGAAACCAGGCGGUGGUCAUUCACCUUCACCCAAUGUUUUACAGGUGGUUAAACAGGUCCAAGAAGAAGCAGCACGCCAACAAGGCGGCCCAAUGCCGCCUCCCGUAAUGCAACGUCAUAUAGGAGGAAUGCCAAAUCAAGGCAAUCCUGGUGGAAGUAUGAUUGGAGGGAAUGUUGGAAAUGUGCCGGUUGGUGUUGGCGGUGUAGGUGGUGUAGGCGUUGGCCAAAUGGGUCCUGGUGGCGUAAAUGCUGUCAUGGGCAAUAGCAUGCCUAUGGAUCAAUGGGGUGGCGGUAAUCGCUAUCAAGGCAAUGCCAAUCAAGGCAUGCGUCAACCAAGCACAGCCCAGGUUCAAAUGCAGCAGAACGCCAUGCAGCCGAAUAUGAUAAGUAUGGUUGGAGCUGGCGGCUCGAGUCAAAUGAUUGGUGGCCCAGUCAGUAAUAUGGGCACUGGCAAUGCUGGUGGCAGUAAUAUGCCUGGUGGUGGUGGCGUUGGCAUGGGAGGUAUGGGCGUUGGCGGCCAGGUAGGUGGUCCAGGUGGUGGUAUUCGACCGCAGGGUGGCCAGCAUGGAGCAGCUGUUGGUAGCGGGCAAACGCUGAACGAAGCCCAGCUUGCGCUUAUUAUGCAAAAGAUUAAAAACAAUCCCUCACAUGACAACCAGCAGAUAUUGCAAGUCCUUAAACGUAAUCCGCAAAUAAUGGCUGCCAUUAUAAAGCAACGCCAACAGAGCCAACCGAACGCUGGAAACGCUGGAGGCGGACCAAAUGGAAAUGGACCGCAACAACAGCAGCAGCAGCAGCAGCAACAACAGCAACAACAAAUAAUUCAACAAAACCAACAGUUGCAGCAUAUGAUGAGUCAGCAGCAGCAAAUGUCGCAGGCGAAUCAGCAACAGGUGGUAAUGCAGCCGCAACAGCAACAACCAGGGCCGCCACACCAGCGAAUGCCAGGCAUGCAAAACCCGAUGAUGAUGCAACAACAACAGCAAGUUCCUGGCGGCAUGCAGCAGCAAGGACCGAUGCCUAAUGUGCAGUGGUUUAAAGCGCGUCAAAUGCCAAUGCCCAACUACCCGCCCCCUUAUCCGCAACGACAACGUGCGCCGCCACAAAUGGGUGGUGGUGGCGGACAACAGUUUGCCGGUGGUAACUUCGGUCCUGGUGGACCAGGUGAUCAAUACGCGGCCGCAGCAGCAGCGAUGCAACAAGGUCUGAAGCCACCAACACCGCAACAGCAAAUGGGUGGCAUGUCAGGUGCUGUGCCACAACAACAGCAACAGCAGCAGCAAAUGAUGCAAGGUGGUGGUGUGGUAGGUGGUCCCAGUGUCGGCAUGGUGGGUGGUCCCAAUGUAAUGGGUCCACCAACGCCGCAUACUCUACAACAGCAGCUAAUGCAAACGGCGGCACGUUCUUCACCACCCAUACGUUCGCCGCAGCCAACGCCGUCACCGCGUUCAGCGCCAUCCCCACGUGCUGGCGGUCCAUCGGCAUCGCCACGAGCCCAACCUUCACCACAUCAUGUGAUGAGCCAUUCACCAGCGCCACAAGGUCCGUCUCACGACGGCGGCCUACAUAAUCACGUUGGCGGUAUGCAUGCGCCGCACCAAUCACCACUGCCGGGUGGUGUGUCACAGGAUGUAGGUGUAGGAGGUGUUGUCGGAGGUGGAGUGGUCGGCGGUGCCGGUGGCGGCCAAGCCGUUACCGAUGCAUCCGAUCAGCUGACCAAAUUCGUGGAACAGCUCUAGUGUAGCAAUUAGCAGUUGCAGGCACCACCUGCAUUCAACAACAACAGCAACAAAAUGUACCCGCGUUAUUACUGAGACAAACCGAAAUUGAAUAACUACAGGUUUUUCAAUUAUACAAUAUUUUUAACUUUAGUUGAAUUUUUAUAUGCUAUAUAUGUUAAAUAUUUGUGGUACCCACAUUGAGGUUACUAAUUUUCAAAUUACCUACCACUAUAAGUUAGGAUUAUGGUUUCUUUGUUUCUUUGGAUUAUAUGUAGACUUAAUAAUUAAUGAAUCGCGUUUAAAACUUUGUGCAGCAAUUAUCACAUGUUCCAUUGGAAGAGCUGUGGUGCGUGAGAUGCAUGCAUGUAGCGAAGGACAUAGUACUCAAUAUAGACAAAAUCGAUCAAACAAACAGUAUAAUGCAGCUUAGCUACCGCGUGAGAUGAAUGCACACUAAACCCUCUGCGGUUGCGUACAACUAAUACACGCGUUGUGUUUUUUUUCUAGAGAAAUUUAUGUUUUCAGGCGUACUUAGUUUUAUGAAAAAUAUGAAAAGUAGUAAUCUUUAGCUUUUUGUUAAAAUCGAAAUUGUGUCGCCUGUUCGAAGGCUGCACCUUCAAAGCAUUGAUUACCAAAUGUAGCGAAGCUUAUCGUAUAUGCAACCGCCCCUUUGUACGCAUUAGAAUUAUCCUUUAUUUAAGUUUUUUUUUGUUUUUUUGGUACUUUUCUGCUUUUAAAGUUAACUUGAUUAUACUCAUUCUUAAAAAGCCGUUGAAUACACUCUGCCACAUGCACAUGCACAUAUAGUAUAUAUAUAGAGAGAUCCAUGAAUGCAAUUUAAAUAAUUAAUAAUCUACCAUAAAUCAUAGUUAUGUAUAUGUAAAUUUAAUGUAAGACGUAAAAGUUUAUUUUUAACACAUUGAGAACUGCAAAAGAAUAAACUACAAAAUCAAAACACAAAGUAAUUUUGUAUAAAAAGUAUGAAAGGAAAUCAAGAGGGAAUGCAGUUUUUGUAAAUAUAUAUUUUUAACUAAUAACAUUUUUAUUUAAUUAUUAACCGAUUAAUUAUUAAAUAAAAAUCCACAGAAAAAAUUUCAAAACGGUAAAAAUGAACAAAUGAUCAAGCAAGCAACAAGUUGCAUGUAUGUAUUAGUGUGCACACCUAUAGCAUUUUUGAUUACUAAAUAUUUUAAUAGCCAAGCACUAAUGCUAAAUAAAGUUUCGUAAUUGAGAAUAAAUUGUGCAUUAAUAAAGUAAUCCCAAAGAAAUUGCCAAGUUCAGCAACGUGCAACUCUGUAUUCCGUUUAAUUUUUGAUUGUUUCUUUUUUUUUUUUUUGCAUGCGUCAAAAGUGGAAAGUACGAGUAAUAACGCUUGAGCAUAGACAAAAUAAAGUUGAUCUUACAUGUCAUUAAAUGAUAACAUUUAAGAACUCACUUUUUCUGGCUACGAUAAUAGGUCACAUUACGCUGGUUAUGUUCUAUAUAAAUAGAAUAGAGAGAGAUGGUACCUAUCUUAACGCAUUUAUUCUUAAAGUUAAACGCAGCAAUAAAUUGAAAAAGGCCAUGGCUUACAUUAACAAUUUAUCGCCAAAUUCCCUAUUUAAAUAUCUCUCAACACUAUUUCUAUUGCUUACUUAGUUUCCCAAUUGAGUCGGUUAAUACCGCAGUUGUGUAUCAUAAAGCGGCUUGAUGCGCACGCAUCAUUGCAUACGACAUCCAGUAACAAUAUAAAAUGUGCCUUUUCAGUAUUUAUACUUUUUAUGUUAAUAAUUCAUUAGUAUGAACUUCAUAAGAAUUUCAGCGAUUCCAAAUUUUCCAUAAAUCGCUACGAAACCGGCGAAGGACAUUUCUUUUCAUAUGCCGACAUAAAAUUCAAGCAUAAAAUACAACUCUUAUUGAUAGCAUGAACUCAAGCGGAUUACUAAGUCCAACGUAUGUAUGCCUAUGAGUAAAUUCUAAAAGGAAAAAAAAGGCUACACAAAAUAUCUAAUUGUGAAAAAUUAAAAGAUUAAUUAACCACUACGAAAUUUGAUUGAUUGGAGUACAUAUAAAAUGAAACCAAAACUAAAAGAAAACAAGAUUUUAUUAAAAAAAAAGUGGAAAACAUGCCCAGUAUAUGUUCAAAUACAUAUUUUCACAAACAAUGGUUUGGUUCAUUAACUCGAACACCGCUCCAAACGCGAGUUUUCAUACAUUUUUUAGACUAAACACCUAAUUUGCGCAUACGCAAAUAAAAGCUAUACUAUUAUUUCAGAAAAAACAAACAAAAAUAAAUUAAAAAAAAAAAAACCAAAAAAAUAUGUAUGAACUAAGUUAAAUCUGCGCACAUAAUUCUCAUUAAAAAGUGCUGUCGCAACAUGAAGCAUAUAUUACCAUCUUAAAAAUAAUAUCUUUAAGUAAUUUAAAACGAUGUUAAGUAAGUAACACUUAUUUUUUUUUUUUAUAAAACUUGAACCCCUUAAAAAUUAAAUAUUUCAUAGUUGUAUAAUAAGUGCUAGUGCACGCAUGCUUAGUUCUAUUUUGUGAUAGCUUUUUAUAUUGUAAUAUUAAUUUUAUAUAAAAUGAGCGCUGUUUAAUUUUUCCUUCAUUUUUGAUAUCUAUAAGUUUUACAUGAAAAUAUGUUAGCAUUUGUAAAAAGUAAUAUACAUAUGUAUGUACAGUAUCUCAACUCUCAUGCACAGUGCUUGCAACACAAACCCAUACAUAAAUAUACAAGACGCUUCGUUUUUGUAUAUGUGGCUAUGAACGAUUAAUUGGUCUAUACAUACUUACAUAUAAUCAAUUUAUUAUCAGCAGUUGAACAUAAAAUAACGACAAAUUUUGGUUUUUGGUUUUUUGUUUAAUAAUUUGGCAAAUGUGUGUCAGAUUUGCAUGGGUGUGCGUGUGCGCACACAGAACCGCCCAAGUGUACGCACACACCCCCAUGAGCGUAAAACAAACAUAUUUUCACAUUUCAAUACAACAAAAUUCACCGCUGUGACUCAUACAACAUGUGUAUGUGUAUGCAGAUUCGCCUUAGACAGUGCGCACGCUUUAGAUACAUACCAUAGAUUUGCAUUCUACACACACAUAUACACGUGCACAGAAAGGAAUACAUUAUUUUGGUAAGGUUAAGGUGUAGGUAGCUACACUGUUCUUCGAUUUUGUGUGCUGCACAAUUUUCGCUCGGUUAAACAUUUGCUGGUCAACCGCCCGACCGCCCGCCGCCAACUAACGACAGUUAAAUGAAAAUCGGGGCGAAAAUUGUGCAGUGCAUUGAAAAUUACAUCUAACAAAUUUCAAACUAAGUUCUAAAUGAAAACUGCAUUGUACAUAGAACAUAGCGCGUAGAGUAAGAAAAAGAAAAUAAAGAAAAAAAAAACAAGAAACGAAAAAAGAAAAAAGAAGCAGCGUAAGUUACUUAUUCAAUCAAUUAAAAAAUCGUAUCGAACUCAAGUUUUUAAUACAUAAAACGCAAUGUUUAUUACAAACAUUUGUAAUAUUUAUAAAUGUACAUACAUAUAUAUAAUCAUACAUAUUAACGUAUACAUACAUACAUACAUACGAUUAGCAAGAUAAUUUAAGUUAAUUUGUAAGCGUAUUGAAAACUAAUGGAAAGCACGUAAAAUUUAUUAACAAUAAAAGAAGUCGUUUUUAAGGGAUAAUUCCGAAAUUUUUGUGAUUUGCAUACAUAUGUAUAUGUGUAGGUAUUCGUGUUUCAAUGUGUGUGAAUAGUAAGUAAAUUGAGAGAAAUAGGUAAUAUAAGGUUAAAUGCAUAAAAAUGUAACAGUGAAUGCAUAAAGCUAUAAUUUCUUUACAAAUGUAAGUAGUUCAAAAGUCUUAGUGUGGUCUUACAAAUAAAACUAACAAUAAAUGAAUAAAGCAAGCAAAAAACAAAAAAACAAAAAUGAUGACGGAUCUUUUUAUUUCGUCUUUGCGUGUAAAUUUUUCAAUAUGUUAACUUUAAACUUUUCCUUAAUGUAUUUAUAUAAUAUCAAUGAAGUAAUUGAAAAUUAAAAAUUUACUUUAGUAAAUCGUAACCUAUAGUCUACAGCCGUAUUAUUAAUAUAAUAAUAUUAGUAAGUAAGCGACUAGCAGCCUAAUGGGAACAAUAUCAAAAAAAGGUCUUUGUUUUCAAAUUUAGUAUAGGCAUUCUGUUAUAUAUACAUAGAUGUACUUUUUACGGGAAAAUUUAUAAAUAAAGCUAUACUAAAGAAAUAAUAAUAAAACGAAAAGUCGUAUUGUACUAUUCAGCCGAUUAAAUCUGUUCAUUAGUUCUAACCGUAUGCACUGAUGGUUUAAAAAUAAAAAGUAAAAAGUAAAAAAUUCUAAUGAAAGCCCUGAAUGUAAUUAUUCAUGUAUACAAAUUCAAUCAAAUCGAAAAAGCUAAGGUAAAGGGUGUGUAUGCGGCGUCUAAACUGUGAAAUUCUGAUUAUUUACUUGCGUGAAAUUAAAUAAUAAAAUAAUGGUGUGUAAAAUAUUAUAUUUAGGUAUGCGUUCAUCACUCCACAAAAAAAUCGAAAAAAUACAAAACAUUGAGGAAAGCUAAGAUGCGCCAUUUAUAAAACAAAAAAACCCAUUCUACAUAUACACCCCCAUGCAUACGUAGAAAGAGGAGGAAAAAAUGGAAUAUGUACACUUAUGAACCACUAAAAUAAAAUUUUAAAUUGCACAGAGGUCUUAUAGGAAUUUGAAAAAUAUAGCAGAUUUGGUUUUUACCAAAAAUUUUAAGUUUGAAUACAUUAUGGAAAAAAGAAGCGAUUUUAUAAAAAAUCAAUUUUCCAAUCUGACGCCAGAUUUAAAAUGUUUUUGCAAUUUCGUAUACAUGCAUACCACAUAGCAUACACGUCACAUACACAUACGCGUUCUGGCUUGUCUUUAUUUAAAUGUACAUAUAUGUAUGCGAUUGAAGCUGUUCAUGUGCCAGCAAAGCCACAAAGAAAAAAUGGAAAAAAUAGAUGGUAAUUUUGUGUGUAAGAAACUAUUGUAAAAUAUUUAGAAAACAAGCAAAAUAAAAUAAACUGCAUCAUCUCGAAAAGUGUCUAAUUUAAGUGCGUCCUUUAUUGCGACCAUCGUUUUGUGUUAAAAUGUAUGCAUAAGUGAGUGUAUUUGUAUGCUUAAUUUAACAAAAAAAAAAAAAGAGAAUCACACACGCAGGUAUGUGUAAAUUUAUAAGCUUGAGCGGAG